CGCACGCUCAACGUCGCGCUGCUCCUGCGCUCUGGCUUCAGCUGAGUGACGAUUUGCAUAUGUGCGCGUAUUUAAACCUAACAACGUUGGUUGAAGCAUUCAUUUGAGGUUCGGUGUUUAUCAGGUAACGGUCGGUGUGGUACGGUGGUGCGUUCGUUUAACCGCCAAAAGCAAAAAUACAAAUACAAAAUAACACGUAUACGUCGCGUUGCCAGUGGGGCAGGUGCAAGUGUAAACUAAAUUAAUAUUAUAACAAUUGAAGUUUGAUUAAACCAAAAAAAAAUACUACAAAAUGCGAGUAAAGUUCAAUGUGUGCCGCUUGACGCUUCUCUCCCUGAUCCUUGGCUGCUGUCUGCUGAGCGAGACACAUGGCUACUGUUCUCUGGAGAAGAUGAAGACGUUUGCGAGAGAGGCCUGUGAGCGACUGUUCCAGCAGGAUGAGGGCAGAGAAAGACGCUCCUUGGACUACAAUCAUCAUCAUCAUCAUCAUCAUCAUGCGAAUGAAUUGUCACAUGGUAAAUCGCAUAAAAAUCAUCACUUUAUUGGGCGUAGCAGCUUCCCGAAAGGAGGCUAUCUCAAGGUCAGUAAGACGCACUAUCAUCAGCUGAUGAGUCUGGAUGUGCGACCCCGUUACAAGCCCCGCAAGCUCUCCCAGGACAUGAAGUACCGUUUCAAGCGCGACAACUCCAAUAAGAUCUACAAAAACAUCUCCUACUGUUGCUACAAUGAUUGCGAUGAGGAAUUCUUCUGUUGAUUCUUCCACAAGAUUUGGAACUGAUUCCGUCCAUUAACUUUAACUAUCUAAAACUAUCUAUCUAUCUAUAUAUAUAUCAAACUAUAUAUUUAAGACGCGCUCACUCUUAUAGAGUAGGUACCUUAUUUGUUGUCCCAUUACUAAAAAUAUUGGGAACAGCAAAUCUUGCCACAGUAUUACAAUCGUAGACAAAUGAAUCAAGUAUUAAGUUUAGUGCCUUAGACUAACUAAAAUCUAUCUAUCUAUGUGUCAUAUAUAUAUAUAAAAAAAAUAUAUACGGAUUUAUUAUCUUUAAA